AUACGUGCGCCCGGCGAAACGGCAGGUUAGCGGCUAAGGGCAUUCACCUUCGGGGCGGUCGUCUGUUGCCCAGGCAACAGACAGAGCGGUAACCCCUUCGGGCGUCCCGUCGCGCCGCGCUCUAGACGCUCCGGACGUUGGCGCGGUGCGUUGGCGCGAGGCGUGCACGCUGAGCACCUUCGUUCCCGCGUCUCGAAAACGAGCGACAGCGUUUCUAACCCUCGAUCGAGAAGAUAAGACGCGGAUUCGACUUCGCAUUGUGCAACGGCGACACGCGAGGGCAGGAGUGUCAGACGACGGAGUGCCACGAUCAUUUCGGCGCUCGUUUUCCAGACGCGGGGACGAAAAAACGAGCGACCGCUUGGUGAACUUCAGUCCCUCGCGAGGUGUUAGUCGCGCGGAAGGUUCGAUAAGGGCGGACAAGUAACGAUUUCGCCCGGGAUGCUCGCGAUGCUCGACAGCGAAGUCGCACCGGCAACGACGUUAAAGCCGCGAAUGAUCUCGAUAUUACCUCGUAAUUGUUCUCAUGAUGAUUUACGAUGCAAGGUGAACGUGCCGUUGGUGAAAUGAGCAAUUCGUUGUCUUGCAUUAAAGGAGGCGGUCUCUUCGGUAUAGUUGUUAUGGUUGUGCCAUAACUGCCGGCAUCCAGGCUCCCAUAUCUAAACAAGAUAUCGUACUUGAAGGAAUAAGCAGUUGGACUGAGAUCCAAAUCGCUCGUUUCCGAGACAUCGAAUAUCGCUGGUUCCAGGCUGGUGCGAGAAUCCGAAGAGAGCAGCGGCGUGCUUUCAGAUCCGCUGUCUCGUGGAGUAUCGUUGUCCCGCACACUUCUCCAAUAAACAUGUCCACGACGUCGGUGACGAGUUUUACGGUGGACACCGGGAUAUACGAGGGUCAAAAGCCGGGCACUUCGGGCCUGCGAAAAGCUGUGAAGAUCUUCCAGCAGGAACACUAUACAGAGAACUUUGUCCAGGCGAUACUGCAAGCUCUGGGUGAUCAGCUGUCAGGCUGCACUCUUGUCGUCGGCGGUGAUGGACGAUUUUACGGGAAGGAAGCGGUGAAUAAGAUCAUCCGGAUCGCCGCAGCAAACGGGGUGAGAAAAUUGAUAAUUGGUCAGAAUGGCAUCCUCUCGACGCCAGCGGUAUCAACUAUAAUUCGGAAGUAUAAAACGCAAGGCGGAAUUGUCUUAACCGCAUCGCACAAUCCUGGUGGACCUGAUGCCGACUUUGGCAUUAAGUUCAAUUGUGACAACGGUGGCCCCGCUCCGGAUAACAUUACGAAUAAAAUCUACGAGAUCACCAAGACACUAGAAUCUUAUAAAAUUAUUCCUGAUAUUAGCGUAGAUAUUGAUAAGAUACAGAAUAUCUCUAUCAAAGUUGAUGGUAAACCGUUUACCAUCGAUAUCAUUGAUUCUGUGAAAGAUUAUCUAGAGCUUAUGAAGGAAAUUUUUGAUUUUGCAAGUAUUAAAAAGUUGUUGCACGGAAGUGCGGAUAAACCGGCGUUUAAAGUCCUCAUCGAUUCGAUGAAUGGAGUUACGGGACCGUAUGUGAAACGUAUAUUUAGCACUGAAUUAGGCGUGGACGACACAAGUUUAGUAAAUAUAACGCCGUUAGAAGAUUUUGGUGGUUUACAUCCUGAUCCAAAUUUAACAUAUGCCAAAGAUUUAGUGAAUGCUAUAAAACAAGGACCGUACGAUUUUGGUGCCGCUUUCGAUGGAGACGGAGACAGAAAUAUGAUCUUGGGCAAGAAAGCCUUUUUUGUCACUCCCUCCGAUUCCUUAGCGGUGUUAGCUGCUAAUUUGAAAUUAAUCCCAUAUUUCCAAAAGACUGGUAUUAAAGGAUUCGCCAGAUCUAUGCCGACGGCCGCGGCUAUCGAUAGAGUCGCCGCUAAAUAUGGAGUGCAAUUCUUCGAAGUUCCUACUGGAUGGAAAUACUUCGGAAAUUUAAUGGAUGCUAAAGAUCUGUCGUUAUGUGGAGAGGAAAGUUUUGGUACCGGUUCUGAUCAUAUCCGUGAGAAAGAUGGAAUAUGGGCAUGCCUAGCAUGGCUCAAUGUGAUUGCGGGACUUGGAAAAUCUGUAGAAGAUAUCUUAUUAGAUCACUGGAAAAUUUAUGGUAGAAAUUUCUUUACUAGGUAUGAUUAUGAAAAUUGUAACGCUGUGAGCGCUGACAAAAUGAUACAGUAUAUCGAGAUUUCGAUUCAGAAGCCAGCAUUUAUCGGGAAAAAGUUGCAGUACGAAGGUAAAGAGUACGUUGUUAAGCGAGCAGAUAAUUAUUCCUACACGGAUCCUGUUGACGGUAGCAAAACUGCAAAACAGGGUUUACGGAUAUUGUUUGAGGAUGGUUCCCGCAUAAUAUUCCGCUUGUCCGGAACGGGAAGUUCUGGUGCUACUAUCCGUAUGUAUAUCGAUAGUUACGAGAAUGAUCCAGCUACUUUCGUGAAAGACGCACAACUGGUCUUGAAACCUUUAAUUAAUAUCGCAUUAGAAAUAAGUGAACUUCAUCAGCACAUUGGACGUGACGCACCGACUGUGAUUACGUAAAAUGUGUGUUACGUUCGUUCUUCCAUCAUGGAGCUAUCUUAUCUCUCAUUUUAGAAAAAGUCAUGUCUCAAAAAAAAAAAAAAAA